GGAUCUUAAAUAUGUCAAGAUCUCAAAAAAACGACAAUUUUAUUGAUAAAACCUUUACUAUCUUAGCAGAUCUUAUUCUCAAAUUUUUACCCACAAAUAUAAACGCUAAAAAGGCAUUUUCCUAUUAUAGGGAUGGCAUGUCUGCACAGUCUGAAGGAGAAUAUGCAGAAGCCCUAGCUAAUUACCAUGAAGCUUUGAAUUUAGAGGAUGACCUAUAUGAUAAAAGUUUUAUAUUAUAUAAUAUUGGACUAAUUCACGCAAGCAAUGGAGAAUAUGUAAAAGCACUUGAAUAUUAUCAUAAAGCUCUUGAAGCUAAUAACAAGCUUCCACAAGCAUUAAAUAAUAUUGCCGUUAUAUAUCAUUAUCAAGCAGUUAAGGCUUCUGAAAUUAGUGAUUUAGAAACUGCACAAGCUUUAUUUCAUGAAGCCGCACAAUAUUGGAAACAAGCUAUUAAAUUAGCUCCUUCUAAUUAUAUUGAAGCUCAGAAUUGGUUAUUAUCAACUGGUCGUUUAUAGAACAUUAACAGAAGUUUAAUUAAUUGUCUA